AUAAGGAAAUACAAGGCUGAAAUAAAAUUCCCCCAAUGUAAACCGAAAGUUUCUCAGAGUGACAGUAGAACUGAAGACGAGAUGAGUCUCUUAGUUUCUCUCUAAAAGAAAAUUAAAGAGUUCAUCAGGCCUUUCUCCAAAACCAAGAGGUGACAAACACUGAUAUGGCUGCAGCCAACUGUCGACUAUUUGAGGAUCAGUUCCUGUGCUCCAUCUGUCUGGAUGUGUUCACUAAUCCAGUCACCACAUCAUGUGGACACAACUUCUGUAAAAGAUGCAUUACUAUUCACUGGAAUCUCAAUGUCCCGUGGAAGUGUCCUAUGUGUAAAAAGCUUUUUAACACAAGACCUGAGCUGCACAUCAACACUUUUAUCUCUGAGAUGGUUGCUCAGUUCAGAGAGGAAGCCAGCAGCAGCAGCUCAGAGCAGCAAGUGUCUAAACCAGGAGAAGUUCCCUGUGACGUCUGCACUGGAACCAAACUGAAGGCCCUGAAGUCCUGCCUGGAUUGUCUGACCUCCUACUGUGAGACUCACCUGGAACCUCAUUUGAAAGCUUCCAGCCUGAAAAGACAUCGGCUGACUGAUCCUGUGGAGAACUUGGAAGGCAGGAUGUGUAUGAAGCACAAUAAACCUCUGGAGCUGUUCUGUAAGUCCGACCAGACAUAUGUCUGUGUGCUCUGCACUGUUUUAGACCACAAGACACAUGAUGUUGUUCCUCUGACAGAAGAAUGUGAAGAAAAGAAGGCAGAGCUGGAGGCUGAAAUUCAGCAGAUGAUUCAAGAGAGACGACUGACGAUUCAGCAGAUCAAACAGUCAUUCAGUGUCAGUACAGAAAACGCAGACAGAGAGAAAGCAAAAGGUGUUCAGGUCUUCACAACCCUGAUGCAGUCUGUUGAGGGAGGCCUGAAUGAGCUCAUUGAGACGAUUGAAAAGAACCAGAGAACGACACAGGAACAGACCGAAGACCUCAUCAAAGAGCUGGAAGAGGAAAUCUCUGAGCUGCAGAAGACAAGCACUGAUGUGGAGCAAGUCUCACUCUAUGAAGACCACCUCAAUAUCCUCCAAAGCUUCUCAUCUGUGAAAGCUGCUCCCUUCACCAAAGACUGGACAACGGUCAACAUCCAUCCACCGUCGUAUGAAGGGACUGUGGUGAGAGCUGUGGAGGAGACACUAUGUGCAGAGAUGAGGAAGCUGCUUGAAGCCGAGCUAAAGAGGGUCCAGCAGUAUGCAGUGGAUGUGACUCUUGAUCCUGAUACAGCACAUCCCUGUCUCAUCCUGUCUGCUGAUGGGAAACAAGUAAAUCCUGGUGAUGUGAAGAUAAAUCUCCCAGACAACCCAAAGAGAUUUUCUAUCAAUCCCUGUGUUUUAGGACAGCAGAGCUUCUCUUCAGGCCGAUUCUACUACGAGGUUGAAGUCAAAGGAAAGACUGAGUGGGAUCUGGGAGUGGCCAGAGAGUCGGUCAACAGGAAGGAUAACAUCCCACUGAGCCCUGAGGAUGGUUACUGGACUAUAUGGUUGAGAAAAAGAAUUAAGUAUAAAGCUCUUAAUGACCCUCCAGUCUGUCUCUUCUUGACGUCAAAACCCAAGAAAAUGGGCGUGUUUGUGGAUUAUGAGGAGGGUCUGGUGUCCUUUUACGAUGUAGAUGAUGCAGCUCUUAUCUACUCCUUUACUGGCUGCUCCUUCACUGAGAAACUCUACCCAUACUUCAACCCUGGUCUGAUUAAUGGUGGUAAAAACUCCGCCCCUCUGGUCCUCUCUUCUGUGAAUGCAACUGAGUGGACUGAUCGUUUUUAGACUGCAGUAAGACUCACGCCAUAAAUUGAUUACUUUAAUUUGACAAAACCAAAAAAGAUCUGUAACACUGACCACUAAAAAUGGUCACCAGAGGAGGAAUUCUUAUUAUGAGUUUUUAUCUGGUGUCACAAUGUGGCAGGAAGGAAAUGUCCACUUGUUCAACACUUUGGCUCAUGACAGAAUAAUCCUAAAGGCUUUAUGCUGCAGACAAACACAGUGGAUCAUCAAACAGCGUGAAAAACAUCCUUAGGGCCAGCUGAAUAAGAGAAGUGUUGAGGUUGAGCAUCUCGGUCCAAAGUGCGCUCCAGUGUGGUAUUGUUAUCAUAAACUUAAGUGUACUAAAUUUCAUGUAUCCCGUUACUCAGUUGCAAUCUGGUGGAAGACAUCAAUAUGACUUAUUAGCUCUCUUAUGUUAUGUUGUGGUGACAAAUCUCAAAACAAACAACAAACUGUAUAUCGUUGUACAGGGUAGAAAAUGCGUCCUUUUUUUUUUUGCAUUUUAUGCUUUAUUAGACAGUUACAGCUGGAGAUAUGGACAGGAAAGAGAGGGAGAGAGAGAAAUUUACAUUAAGGGCCCAGGCAGGUAGGCAGGUAUUAAGGAGUCUUAAUACUGUGAAGAUCAGGGGUCUCCAACGUGGUGCCUGAGGGUACCUGGUAGCCCUAUAAGGUGCUCACAGAGCAUGUUCUGUAAUCUCAGUCUUUAUCUCAAAUACUUUUGCAAGGAAGUGUACAAAUUGGUUUUAAUUUUCUCCCUUUAUGUAUCUCAGAUCAAUAAUGUAUGUUCAUAUUUGAUUUGAUUUUCCUACUUUUAUUUUCUGUGAUACUGGUGAAGCUGCUUUGGGUUUGGGUUUGUUUUUAUAAUACACAGGAAUAAGAAAAGCUACAACUGAGAUUGUAUUCAUUUUCAGUUUACCUGUAAUAAUAUCUAUAACCAAAUAAAAUCUGUAUCUCAUCA